AUGGUUCGAACCAAUCCAGUUACAGCGCUGGUCUCAGCUGGACUUUUGGUGUUCGAGGAGUACCUGAGGAGUGAAUACAGCGAGGAGAACCUGCUCUUUUACCUGGACUGUGAGACGUUCAGGAGCCUGCCCUCGGAGUCCGACAGAAAGAUGGCAGCCCGAAAGAUCUACAGAGAGUAUGUGGCUGUCGGAGCUCCACUGCAGAUAAACAUCACCUGUGAGACACGAGAAGAGAUCCGGAUCAGUCUUUCAAACCCAAAGCCGGACUGUUUUAGCAGAGCACAGAAAAUAGUCCAUUCUCUGAUGCAACACGACUCGUAUCCACGCUUCAUCAAAUCUCAGGUUUACCAGGCACUAUGA